CUCGGAGAUGCAGCGCGCUCCUGGGGCCCUUCCCCGGGUCGGCCCGGAGCCCGCGGACUGGGGCGGGGGUGUUUUUUGGGGUGAAAAAGACCCCCGCCCACCGCCAGGCAGCUGACCUGGACUAGAGGCAAGGGCAGAGACCAGGGCAAGGCACCGCUGCCCCGGCCACGGCCACCACGUUCGGUGGGACCUCCUGGGCCUGGAGGAGCCGGGGUUUCAGUUCUAGGUCCGUCCCCGACUGGCGCCUUGAUCCCGAAUGGCUCACUUUCUUUUUCGAGUCUUAAUUUCCGCAUCUGUAAAAUGGGGGGCUUUGUCUCAUUUACUCCAGGCUUGUCCACCCCAAAACUUCUGGGGCGGGCCCUCCUGUGAUCUCUUGUAGGAUUUCCAGUUCCACAAACAAACCUGACCCGAGGGAGGAAAACGGGGUCGUUUCUCUUUCCCUGUGAGGAAUCUCAGGCCAGCACAUCGCUCUUAGGGAGGCCGGGCUGUGUCAACAGAGCUGGGGACCUCUGGGCAUCCAGCUGGUGCGCAGGGGCGGCCGUAGGGAAGGUUCUGUGAUUGGAAGAGCUGAAGCUCUGAGGUUGAACUUGCCCAAGGUGGAGUGUGAGCCCGCCAUUUACCCAGUGAGCCUGGCUCUGGAGUCCAUGUUCUUGAACGCAAACCUCCACCGCCUCUGACAGAGAACCUAGGUGAGUGAAGCCUAGUCGGCUGCUCCAGGAUGAGCCGCAGCUCCAGGAAGGGGAAGUAGAAACCCAGCUGGCUCUGGCCAUGGCCUGUGAACCGCAGAUGGACCCCGGCGGGGCGGCCGGCCCGUUGCCCACCUCCUCCCCUGGCUGGAGCGCCCUGCAGCGGGGAAGCCCUCCUGGGUGGGGGCAAGAGCUCCACAACGGCCAGGUCCUYACCGUCCUCCGGGUCGACAAUACCUGUGCACCCAUGGCCUUCGACCUGGGAACCGCAGAGGAGCAACUGCAGACCUGGGGCAUUCAGGUCCCUGCUGACCAGUACAGGAGCUUGGCGGAGAGUGCCCUCUUGGAGCCCCAAGUGAGAAGAUACAUCAUCUACAAUUCGAGGCCCAUGCGGCUGGCCUUUGCCGUGGUGUUUUACGUGGUGAUCUGGGCCAACAUCUAUUCAACCAGCCAGAUGUUUGCCCUGGGCAGCCACUGGGCGGGCGUGCUGCUCGUGACCCUGGCCGCAGUCAGCCUGACCCUGACUCUCCUGCUGGUCUUCGAGAGGCAGCAGAGGAAGGCUAACACUAAUACAGACCUGAGGCUCACGGCUGCCAACAGAGCCCUGCUGAGACACCGGGUGCUACUGGGGGUGACGGACACCGUGGAAGGGUGCCAGAGUGUGAUCCAGCUCUGGUUUGUCUACUUCGACCUAGAGGACUGCGUGCAGUUUUUGUCUGAACACGUUCAGGAGAUGAAGACUAACCAAGAGUCCUUGCUGAGAAGCAGACUGAGCCAGUUAUAUGUUGUCCUGGAGACGGGGGUGAGCCCCACGAUGGCGGAGGGCCCCGAGAGCUCGGAGGAGGCUCCUCUGCUGCCCAGCAGUCCUCGWCCUCAGGAGAGACCGCUCCUGCAGACGGAGCUCCACCAGCUCGUUCCCGAGGCUGAGCCSGAGGAAAUGGCCCGACAGCUGCUGGCAGUGUUUGGUGGCUACUACAUCCGACUCUUGGUGACCUCCCAGCUGCCCCAGGGAGUGGGGACACGGCACACAGACUCUCCCAGGAUCCCGUGCCCCUGCCAGCUCAUAGAAGCCCAGGUCCUGGGCACAGGGUGUUGUCCAUUCCUGGCCAGGUGACCUAGGGACAAGAUCUUCAUCUGCUGUYAGGACUGAGAAGUGGAGGAGGCCUCAACAGCCCAGGGUGGCCAGGGGCAAGCCCCUGGUGAGGAGAGAAGCACGGGGGCCGCACCAGACGGGGUCAGUCACACGAUGCCAGGCUUGUGCCGGUGUCCCGCACCUCACCGGYGUCCCUUGCUGACCCCUGGCGGGGCUGAAGCCGGUGGUUGUGAGCUGGUCCUGCUGUUCUCUGUGCRGCCUGGAAGUGUGGCCGUGGCUGAAGGCCACCCUCAUUCCUUUCACCACCCAAAGAGCCCAGGAGAUGUGAAGAGGACCCGUCGGGGAGAGUCUUGUGUCCAGAGCUUGGUCUCAUGGUGCUCCUCUCCCCAGCCCCUUUGUGUCAGGUGGGGAAACCGAGGCUCAGGGUGGGCACUGCUCUUUGCCUCUGACUCUGAAGUUGUGACACUGCCUCUCUCCUCCCUGAAGAAGAGAAGCCGCUUCUCCGACUUUCCUGCAUUCCUAGGUUUUUCUCCCCAUGUUGUCUCCGCCACAGUGGCCCCUGGUUUGUGGUCUGCUAGCCUCAGGGCUCAGGACAGAAGCAGGAGUUAAGGGGCAGAUGACCCUCCAGCAGGAACGCUGGGAAGGGAUGGGUCCUUGUGGCGGCAGGACUGGUGUCGCCUGCCCGCCCUCGCGGUUCACACUGCAGACACAGCACAGCUGUGUUUUCUGACACUAAUGUUGAAAUGUGAUCAGUCACUUGUGAAAUUCUGUGAAGAGUUCCGAGACCUCCGACUGUCCUGCUMCCCCAGAUGUUUCAAGACCGCUCGUUGCACAGAUGCAAGUCCCCAGGCCCUGGCCUAGCAUGGAAGGCUCCCAGCCCCCAAGACUCAGCUUCAGCUGUCUCUCAAAACCCUUUUAUAAGUUGGAAUCCCUUUCUGAGCAGGUGUACCCAUUCCUUUCUGUCUCGUGGACUCGUAUUCAUGCUUUAAAACCCCGCCUUCCMGAUCCCUCCUUCAGGGAGAUUAGCAACAAGCCCCGUUGCUGUCUCCUUUAAAUUCUUSACACAGUUGCUGCUUGGGUUGAAGUUUUAUGUUGCUGAUCUGGUUUUUCUGUGCACAUGCCUGUUUUUUCUUGCUAGAUUGUAAACUUCUCAGGGUCCCAGAUGGCACCUUAUACUUUUUUUGUGCAUGACUUACA